AUGGGAGGUCGGGCAUUCCUUCAGACGCUACCGCCCAACUCUUUCCCCCGUUUGCAUCCAAAGCUAUACAACGCAGUGAAAGAGCGUCUUUUACAGGUUCUACCUGAACUGUAUGGAUGCGUCGAGGUGCCGCCAGAGGCACCUGAGAAAUUGGAUCAUGGUGAUCUAGACUUUGUCGUUGCCCUUCCUCUUAACCUUGAAUCUCCCGCGACGACUGAAGAUGUUAAGAACGCACUGGGCGCCACUGCAGCGAUCACGCUGGAGGGAAAUAGAAUGUCAAACUAUGCGAUAGAUGUUCAAGUCUGCGACAGCAAGGAGCAGGUGGAGAGCAUAGUCGUUUUUCAUGGGUAUGGCGACUUGGGCAUCAUUUUAUUUUCUCUAGCUCAGAGCUAUGGGCUGACUCUUUCACCAAAGGGAUUAAAAAUUGGCAGCCCCCGUCCAGAUCCACCUGUACACCUAACAUCAUCACCGACCGCAAUAUUGGACUUCUUUGGUCUAUCCAUGGAAAUUUGGAAAAAAGGAUUCACGACGCAGCAGGCUGUUUUUGAGUUUGUCGCGAGCUCAAGGCUCUUUAAUCCUCACAGAUUAGAAAAGCCUAGUAAGCCAUCGCAGAAAAAAGUAAUUGAUACUCGGAAUAUGUACCGCGAUUUCCUCCUGUGGGCUCAUGAGCAGCCCUCGGCGCCAAACGCGCCUUGUGGCGAGGACGAUGUGGUCACAGAAGCUCUCGUUAAAUUCAGCAAGAAAGAGGAGUGGGAUGCUAUGGCGAAGGAACGAUACGAGCGCGCUUGGAUUAAAGAGAAUUUUAACGGAAAACUCGUUGCAGAGUGGACUGGGCUGGGCUGGAGGGGAGUCAAGACACUUAUGUACGAAAUAAGAAAAGACGUUGGAGGAGAAAGAAUGCUUGUUGGCAAGCCAAUCGUUGAGCUGAAGCAGCUAACCAUCGAUACUAAGCAUUCAUUGGGAUUAUCCUAA